AUUUUUGGCUGAGGGAGGAGGCUCAAUGACUUUGGUGACUCAGGGUUUUGGAAGAAACCGUUGGUCCCAGGACAGCAACAACCGAAGUGGGACAGGAUCCUGCAAAGACUGGUUAUCGAGGUCUCAGUCCUCGUGUUAUGUUCGCCAGUCACCUGACAUUGGAGCAGGCAGGGAAGUAACCAGUGGACAAAAUGACAUCUAGAGGAGCGUUCAACUAUGAUAAAGACUUGGAAGAAGCGCUGGAUGCCACAGGCUUUGAAGAUCCAGAGCAAACUAUAGGCAGUGGGGACCGAGAAAGGCAACAGACGGAGAAGCGGAAGUCAAAACUUUACAAAUUCUUUAGACAGUCAACAGAUUGGAGGAUCCGUGGAUCAUAUAAUCUGGAAAGGAGGAGGCAGAAGGAAGACAGAGGGCAGGGAGGACGAUACCAUGGGAGAAGAAUUUCAUUCUCUGAAACUCCAGCCCAACUCUUCCCUCCUGCGGCUCCAUCCUUUAUCCCACCCAGUCGUGGAGUAGACGAGACCUACGUGGAGUUGCAGGAGUUGGUCAUGGAUCAUACCAAUGAACUGCACUGGGUGGAGGCAGCCCGUUGGCUGAAGACUGAAGAAGACUUCCAGGAUGAUCUAAGACAGUGGGGGAAACCUCAACUCUCCUACCUCACCUUCAAUAGCCUUCUGGAGCUACGUCAGACCUUGAAAAAUGGAACCGUGAUUCUUGACCUUGCCGAAAAGACUUUGCCUGGAAUUUCUAGCCAAGUUAUUGACCAGUUGAUUUAUGAAGGACAUGUUAGGCCUGAAAACAGAGAAGAGGUCCUGAGAGCUCUUUUGCUGCAUCACAGCCAUCCUGAUAAAGAAGGAUCUAAGGGAGAUCCUGAAAGUGGACAGCCUCUUAUACAUCAAAUAGAGAUGAAAGCUGUUUCCGAGAAGGAACCUCUCAAAGGAAAUUUGUCAGAGCGAGUACCAGAAAAUGCAGAAGCCUCUGUGGUCCUGGUGGGUAGUGCUGAUUUCUUGGAGAACCCCACACUCUGUUUUGUACGUCUGAAAGAAGCCGUUCUUCUUGAGUCAGUCCUUGAGGUUUCACUGCCCAUCAGGUUCCUCUUCAUUAUCCUUGGACCUAGAGAUAGCUACAAGAGCUACCAUGAAAUUGGAAGGGCAGUGUCCAGCAUGAUGGCUGAAAGAGUAUUCCGAACUGAUAUGUACUUGGCUGGUGGGCGCCAAGACAUCUUGCAAUCUCUGGAUGAGUUCUUGGACUGUUGUAUAGUCCUGCCUCCCAAUGAUUCUACCAGUGAGCAGUUACUUAAGGAGCUGCUACCAGUACAACAAAAUCUGCUGAGGAGGAGGUAUCAAGAAGUCAAGGUGGUGCCUGGAGGACACAGAGAUAAAAAAACUAAAUCAGAACCACCUGAAGAUCCUUUGCAAAGAACCCGCAAGCCAUUUGGGGGCCUUGUGCGUGACAUCAAAAGACGUUACCCAAAGUAUCUCAGUGACAUUCGAGAUGCUCUUAACCCACAAUGCCUGGCCGCUGUCAUCUUCAUCUACUUUGCAGCCCUCUCUCCUGCUAUCACAUUUGGUGGUCUGAUGGCUCAGAAGACCCAGUUGUGGAUGGGGGUUCCCGAACUGAUGGUCUCCACAGCCAUCCAAGGCAUUAUAUUCUGUCUGCUGGGUGCUCAGCCUUUGCUAAUUCUUGGAUUUUCUGGACCUCUCCUGGUGUUUGAAGAAGCUUUCUUUAAAUUCUGUGAUUCCCAAGAGAUUGAAUACAUUGUGGCACGUGUGUGGAUUGGAUUCUGGUUGAUUCUCAUUGUCAUCAUUGUGGUGGCCUGUGAGGGCAGUUUUCUGGUCCGCUUCAUAUCACGAUUCACACAGGAGAUCUUCUCUUUUCUUAUCUCACUCAUCUUUAUCUAUGAGACAUUUUCCAAUUUAGCUAAGAUUUUCUUAGCACAUCCUCUCAAGGGCCAUUACAAUGAAUCCACUGUUAAUAUCCCAACUGAGCCCCAGCCAAACACAGCUCUGCUGUCACUGGUGCUGAUGUCAGGAGCUUUCUUCAUCGCCUACUUCCUGCGUCAGUUCAAGAACAGCAGCUUUUUUCCUGGAAAGCUCCGUCGUAUUAUUGGAGAUUUUGGUGUCCCCAUAGCAAUCCUCAUCAUGGUGACAGCCGACUUUUUAAUCAAGGAUACAUACACAAAGAAACUCAGCCUGCCCAAAGGUAUAAGCGUCUCCCGUCCUGCAGACCGUGGUUGGUUCAUUUCACCUAUGGGGCUACGUCCAGAUAUCAAACCUUUCCCUGUGUGGAUGAUGUUUGCCUGUGUGGUCCCAGCAUUGCUGGUCUUCAUUCUGAUCUUUAUGGAAUCUCAGAUUACCACGCUCAUUGUCAGCAAACCAGAAAGAAAAGCUGUGAAAGGAUCUGGAUUCCACUUGGAUCUUCUGUUGAUUGUGGGCAUGGGGGGUAUAUGUGCACUCUUUGGAAUGCCCUGGCUUAGUGCAACCACAGUCCGUACAGUCAGCCAUGCCAAUGCUCUUACCGUCAUGUCCAAGGGAGGAAAACCUCAAAUAGAGCGUGUUAUAGAACAACGAGUCAGUGGUCUGCUGGUGGCUGUUCUUGUGGGUGUCUCCAUAUUGAUGGAGCCAGUUCUGUCCCUCAUUCCCCUGGCUGUAUUGUUUGGCAUUUUCCUGUACAUGGGUGUCACCUCACUGAAUGGAAUACAGUUCUUCGACCGGAUCCUACUCACCUUGAAGCCACCAAAAUAUCAUCCUUCAGAGCCCUAUGUAACCCGGGUUAAGACUUGGCGUAUGCACGUCUUCACCCUGAUACAGCUGAUCUGCCUGACCGUUCUGUUUGUUGUGAUGUUCACUCCAGCUUCACUGGCACUUCCAUUCAUCCUCAUCCUCACUGUGCCAGUCCGCAUGUUUAUCCUGCCUCACAUCUUCAACAAUCUGGAGCUCAAAUGUCUGGAUUCAGAUGGCGCUUCUGUCAAUCUGGAAGAAGAAGACGGUCAGGAUGUCUACAAUGAAGUUCAGAUGCCUGUUUAAUCCUGCCCUAUGUCUAGAAAUACUGCAGAGCCUACAUAAUGCUGCCAUCACAUAUAGCAAAUUUUAAGUGAAGAGCCUUUUGCUGAAAGACCAUCUAUAGAACCCAUGGGAUCAUGAAAUACAAGUAUUGGGAGCCUCAAGGCGCUCUCCUUCGAUAGCUAUGCAAUUUACUUUCUGAUCAUGAUUUUAAAGUUUUCAAAUGCACUAUUGUCUAAGGAUAAAAAAAAAUCUGUAAUUUUAGAUUUUUUUAAAUUAGUUUUCUUUCUUUCUUUCCUACUGGUUGCAUAUUAUUAAAAGGGUUGUCCAGGAUUAGAAAAACAUGGCUGCUUCAUUCCCGAAACAGCUCCACCCCAAUCCAUGGGUUGUGUCGGAAAUUGCAGCUCAGCUCCACUGGACUCAAAGGGGCAGAGCUGAAAUACUGCACACAACCUGUGGACAGGGGUGGUGCUGUUUUUUGUUAAAAGCAGCCAUGUUUUUCUAAUCCUGGACAAAUCCUUUAACUUGAAGAGGCCUUAUGAGAUUAGAAAAACAUGGCUUCUUUCUUCCUGAAACAGUGCCACUCUUUUCUGUAGGCUGGUUCUGGUAUUGCAGCGCAGCACCUUUCAAAUAAAUUAGACUUAUGCUGCAAUACCAGGCCUGACCCAUAGACAAGAGUGGCGCUGUUUUUCGGGUGGGGGGGGGGGGGGGAAAUCAUAGGUUUUUUUGUCUCUCUAAUCUCAUCAAGAUUUCUUAUUUUAUCACAACUUUUUUCUCUGCUUUAUUUUAUUUAAAGGAACACCAGGCAAAACAUAUACACUGCGUUAUGCCUAGUUCAGGGUCUGAGGGGGUGGAGCACCGCACAGGUAGACAGAAUCUCUGUGUCAAGCUCCACCCUCUGUACUAGGCACGACCCACGUGUCAGCUGUGUCUAGAGUGUUACUUUAAGGCUAACGCGCUUUGUUUUAGAAUAAAAUAUCUGUAAAUAUGCUUAAAAUUAAUAUAUUUUGAUAUAAUAAUAUGUUUGCCUCAAGAACAAACCCUCCUUAAUUAUGGACUGAACACACCUGAGUAUUUUAGAACUGAUCGUAUAAAAUAAAAAAAAUAUAGAAAAUUUUUAUCUGAACAUAAGGAAUGUGUCGUGUGAAUACACUGCAAUCAUUUUUGUAUUAUUUUAUUACAUGUUUUUUGUAAGAGAAAUGUUUUUUUUGUGGCGAUCUGAAGCUUUGCAGAACUGGAUAUUAUAAUAUCUGACACAUUAUUUUAUACAAAUAAUAAAAUAUAUUACUAAAACCUG